CCUAGCUCUCAGUUGUGCUCAAAGAAAUCUCAUUACACACACACAUGCCAUUUAUGUAGAGGAUGCCAACCCAACUUGAAGGUACUGGUCUGUUGUGGUGCUCCCUUGCUAUCUUUGCCUCUGAGCAGCCUUGAUGAGAGACACAGAGCCUGGAGGGAAAUGAAAGAGAGAGGUAGAGAGAAAGAGAGAGAAUAACAGAGUGAGGGAGAGAGAGCUUUCAGCCUCCAGUCUUGCCUCUCCUCUGUCUGCUGCUGCUCCUGCUGCUGCUGCUUCAUUUCAGCCAGAGCCAGAGGCUGGGCUGGUGUUUUUCUCAGUUAACUACAGAUAGACAGAGCAGUGAGUUGUGAACAGUACAGUACUUCUGUCACACCACUGCCAUGACUCUACUGACGUGAGUCAGAAGAGAGAGUUCCCCCUGUCCACCACCUCUUUACGGCUACAGCUACAGAGAAGACUGGCGUCCACUCUAAGAGUCCCAGUGAGGAGCAUGUGGUGAGGGCCAUGUCUCUGGAGAUGGAGAAGAGUGUCACUAAGUUGAUGUACGACUUCCAGAGGAACUCUACUUCUGACGACGACUCAGGCUGCGCGCUGGAGGAAUACGCCUGGGUGCCCCCUGGCCUCAGCCCUGAACAGGUGCAUCAGUAUUACAGUUCUCUACCUGAGGACAGGGUGCCGUAUGUGAACAGCCCAGGAGAGAAGCACCGCAUCAAACAGCUGAUUCACCAGCUGCCCCCGCACGACAACGAGGUCCGGUACUGUAACGCGCUGGACGACGAGGAGAAGAGGGAGCUCAAGCUCUUCAGUAACCAGAGGAAAAGGGACAACCUGGGCCGAGGCAAUGUCCGCCCUUUCCCACUGUCCAUCAGUGGGGCCAUCUGUGAACAGUGUGGGGGCCAGAUAAAUGGAGGGGACAUUGUGGUGUUUGCGUCACGGGCAGGCCACGGCCUGGUGUGGCAUCCUCACUGCUUUGUGUGCAGCAUGUGUGAGGAGCUCCUGGUGGACCUCAUCUACUUUCACCAGGAAGGGAAGAUCUACUGCGGCCGGCACCAUUCAGAGAUGCUCAAACCCCGCUGCUGUGCCUGCGAUGAGAUUAUUUUUGCUGAUGAGUGCACAGAGGCAGAGGGCAGGCACUGGCACAUGAAGCACUUCUGCUGCUAUGAGUGUGAGGCUCCGCUGGGCGGCCAGCGCUACAUCAUGAAGGAUGGACGUCCACACUGCUGCCACUGCUUCGAGUCCCUGUAUGCAGAGUACUGUGACGCCUGCGGUGAACACAUAGGCAUUGACCAGGGCCAGAUGACAUAUGACGGGCAGCAUUGGCACGCCACAGAGGAGUGUUUCUGCUGUGCCCGCUGUAAGCGUUCCCUCCUGGGGCGCCCCUUCCUGCCCAAACAGGGACAGAUCUACUGCUCACGCUCCUGCAGCGCCGGACAGGACCCAGACGAGUCAGACUCAUCUGACUCGGCCUUCCAGAGUGCCCGCUCCCGUGAGUCUCACCACAGCAUCAAGAUUCUAAAACCGGAGCGCCGAAAUGCCGAGCAGGAGCGUCGCCAGCCAGCGCCCAUGACUGAUCGUCUAUCUGUUGAGGUGGACCCCCUGUCUAUCCAGAUGGACCGUCUGAGCCUUGGCUCUAGCCAGACACCCAGUCGAACACCCAGCCGCACACCCAGUCACGCCCCCAGCCGCACCCCUAGUCUCAACCAAGUGUGGAUGAGCCGGGAUGAACCUUACCCCCCAGCCUAUGAGACAGCCAACGAGGGCUCCCAGCAGGAUACCUCUCCAACCCCCAAUUCCCUGCUCCUGGGCCUGUGUAACCCCAGGAAAGGCUACAGCCCCAGCUCCCACAACCCCCUGCCCCCAGCCCAGAGCCCUGUCAACCCAGGAAAAAGGCCUGAGUCCAGAGCUAAAGUGCAGGGCAACACGAAGCGAACGCCCAUGGCGGCACUGAGGGGUCAAUCCUUCCAGGACAACUGGAUCCACCACAGCCAAGACGAGUUCCGCCCACCCAAGCUGAGGACCCAGAUGAGCUUCAACGAGGUGUCCAGCCAAGGCCAGGGCUUCUCGGACAAGAGGAACAUCAGCAUGCAUGGCUUCCAGAGGGACAGCAGGCCCCCCCUGACCAGGACCAGGAAAGCAAUGAGCAAUGGCAUGAGCUUCACAGAGCCCCUCACCCCUCUGGAACAGACCCCCCGAGGAUCUAUGGAGUCUCUGGCCCUGUCCAAUGCUACAGGUAACUCACUGGAUGGGGUAAGUAAGCGUCAAGAGCACCUGUCCCGAUACUCCAUGCCAGACCUUAGUAAGGACUCUGGGAUGAAUGUGUCUGAGAAGAGUAACAUUGGCACACUGGGUUCCUCUGUCCAGUUCCGCAGCUCUGAGUCCCUGACCUCUCGGCCCUACGGGUACCUGAAUGCGCCUGUGCAGGUGGGGUACCCCCUGGGGUACUGGGAUUCCCCCCAGCCCCUGGCCUUUAAGGGUACAGGUCACGUGGGCCUAAUAGGGAGUAGUGGUAACCUCCGCAUGACCCCCAUGAGUGAGAGGAUCCCUCGUCGUCGGCCGAAUGGGCCAGAGCCCAUACAGCAACAACAACCAACACAAUCACGGCGACGCAAACACCGUGGGAAUGGUAAUGAUGGAAACGGCAACCACCGCAGCAGCGGUCGCCACUACCGGCGUUCUCGACGCUCACGCUCUGACAAUGCCCUCCACCUGACGGCCGACCGGGGAAGUCAUAUGAUGGAACCCUCGCACCGUCGUGUUCAGGAGGACUAUGAACGUUUCCCCGCCGGCCGUACCGCCCGGGACCUGUUUGGGGUGGAGGGCAUAGGCGGGUACAGACAGCAGCCUUACAGACCCUGCCCCCGCACCACCUCAGACCUCACCCUGCACAAUGCAGUGGGGGGUGGGGGGAUGCAGUCGCUGGGCCUUGGGGGACCACACUUGGGUGGGGAGGGAUACGGGGAGGGGGCGGACCCCUGGUGCUCCAGCUGCUCCUCAUCCUCUGAGUCUGAAGAAGACGAGGGUUACUUCCUGGGGGAGCCCAUCCCCAGACCUGUCCAGCUACGCUACCUCCACAAUGAGGAGCUGCGCCACAGAUACAGCCCUACAGGGAUGGGAGGGAUGGGGGGCCACCAUGGACCCAUACAUGGACCCCUACAUGGAGGAAACCAAGGGCAGCUGCACGGACAGCUCCACAUGCGCCAGAGGAGGAAGAGCAAGAACUGCAUCAUCUCAUAGAGAGAGUUAGGGAUGGUGAGAAUGGAGAGAGAGGGAGUGGGAGGGUGACAGAGAAAAGAAAGUGAGAAAGAAAGGAAGGAGAGGGAGUGGGAGGGGGAGAGAGAAAGGGGGAGAGAGAGUAUAUGAAAGAGUGAUCGUGUGUGUGUCAAAGAGAGGCCUAUAUAUAUUUGAUGUGUGUGAGUUACACAACUAGCUCUAUGCGGGGGGGUAUACACCUACACAGUAUGAGCUAAUCAGGACAAGAAGCCUGCAAUGGAGUCAGGUGACUAACAAUUGGCAAAAACAUCACAUUUGUAUUGUUUACUGUUUAUUAUUAUAUAGCCCAAGAAAGGUUUCGGCAUUUGAUUGAUAAACAGAGUGUGCGUGUGUGUGUGUGUGUGUGUGUGUGUGUGUGUGUGUGUGUGUGUGUGUGUGUGUGUGUGUGUGUGUGUGUGUGUGUGUGUGUGUGUGUGUGUGUGUGUGUGUGUGCCUUCCACAGAUACAUAACAGAAAUAUGGGACUUAUUCAUAACAUUUUACUGCUGUAGUGAAUUUACCAGCUGUUAUUUAAAACCAGUUUAACAAUGUCUAGAAAUUGGAUUUAUGCAUGCAUAAUGUUCAGUACGUCAACAAGGCAUACAGAUAAUACAGCAAAUAAUUGCAAUUCAUGCUGGAGUUUAGCAACUCUUUAGCAUUAGUUUUUCUGUCUUGAAACCGACAAGGGAUAAAUUCACCAUGUCUGUAAAGUUGAAUGAAUGCUCCUAAAUGACUCAGUUUCAAAUAGGUAUUGGUACACAACUCCAAGAGCACUAAUGGCUGAAGUGCUCACAUAUUUUAUGUACCUACUGGACCUUGGAAAACCACCUGAGUGGACCCUCUCAUAGCAUUGACCAACCAAUGACUUAUAAUCAGUCCAUCACUUACUAAGGAGAACCAAAAACUGUCUGGCAAACACCACAGCCCUCCAAAACCAGUCAGCUGAAAGUGUGAUUGUGGACGAUGUGUGCUAGAUAGAUGCCAUACAGUGUUGUCGUUUACCUCAGUGGAAACCAAGAGCUGCUGGAUCUACAGUACAGUUGGCUAGCAGAUUGUGUUAUCAUCCUGUAUAAAUAGCCUUUGAACCUAACUACACUGCCCUGCUCUCCACGCUUACCAAGGACAGCUCUAGCCUACGCUCCUUGGCCAUUCAGGCACAGUAACGUCCUGUAUAGUCCUGUUUUCUCCCGCAACAUGCUUUGUUUUUCAACGUUAUAAUAUUACUACUAGAUGAAACAAAUAAUAACAAUAAUAAUACCUGUUAAAUGUAUAUAACAGUCAAAUAAAUGUUAUUUAAGUUUUGGAUGUAGUAAUGUAAAUGUUCUGUACAUAAUGGUCCUAAAUAUUUAUAUAUAUUUUGUAACUACAGAACCAUUAUUUGUAUAACAUGAUGUAGAGAUAGAAAAGGCUUGCAUGUUUAUUUGUUGAUGUUGUGUCAUAUUGGAAUUAAAGUGGAUUUCAAUGA